AUGCAUCGUGGAGGCCCGGGUACCCCUUCAAUGGGUAACGGGGUUGCAGGUACUCCCAUGAGAUACGCGGCUACAAUGGGCACACCACAACAUAGUAGACGUGGUUUUCCAGCGCAGCCAGGUGGAGCUCGCAGCCAGAUGCAGGCACGUGCGAAGAAAAGGAGAUUUGCUGAUAAAUUAAUACCACCACAGGUUCGUGAGCUUGUUCCUGAAUCGCAGGCUUAUAUGGACCUUCUAGCAUUUGAGCAGAAGUUAGAUGCUACUAUAACAAGGAAGAAGCUGGAUAUACAGGAGGCUUUAAAACGGCCCAUGAAAGUUAAAAGACGUUUAAGGAUUUAUAUUUCGCAUACUUUUUUUGCUGGGAAAGAGCCUGAGAGGGAAGGUGAGGAAGGAACGUUUCCUAUGUGGGAAUUAAGAGUGGAAGGACGAUUGCUGGAUGAUCCUCAACCGUGUGGAACUACAACAUCACGCCCAACCCCCAAAAGAAAGUUCAGCUCGUUCUUCAAAAGCCUUGUUAUAGAGCUGGACAAGAACAUAUAUGGUCCAGAUAAUCAUUUGGUUGAGUGGCAUCGAACUCAGCAAACGAAUGAAACUGAUGGAUUUCAAGUGAAACGGCCAGGAGAUAGGAAUGUUAAAUGUACAAUAUUAUUACUUCUGGACUACCAACCUAUGAAGUUCAAGCUGCAUCAUCGUCUUCUGCAAGUGGGGACUUUUACCUUUUUUCUUUUCUUAGAUAAUAUAAAAUGUGACCAGUAUCUUGAGCAAGUUUUUCAAUGCAAACGCAUGAGAUUUAUGGAGAUCCCGCAACGCCUUCAGAGCCUAUUACAUCAGCCGGAUCCCUUAGUUUUGACUCACACAAUUCAGUAUACUGAUGUAGAAAAAAAUACAGCAUGCUAUGACAUAGAUGUGGAGGUGGAAGACCCCUUAAAAUCGCAAAUGUCUGCAUUUAUACAUAAUCAUGCUAACGUUCCUGAUAUAAGUGCGUUGGAUCAGAAGAUUUACGACAUUGUCGAGCAAAUAAACGAGUGUAAGCUUCGUCGAGAUUUUUAUGUGCGGUUCGCUGAUAAUCCUCCAGAAUUUAUUCAGAAGUGGCUUAUAUCGCAGAGCAAUGACUUAAAGACUAUGACGGAUUCAAAUGAUGAUUAUGAGACGGAACGUCGAGCGGAGUUUUAUUAUCAGCCAGCCAUUCAGGAGGGUACAUUUCGUUACAUUUACCAGAAAGUGCAGCAGAAACGAGCAGAACUUGAAAGCACUUUGGGAGUGAAAAACAAUUAG